AUGAAACCGGACCCCAAGAAAUCACUGACGAUGAGGGCGUUGGCUGCGAGGUUGAAGGAAAUUCAGCUGUCCUUUAGCGACAUCGACCGGUUCGUUCAACUGUACAAGGAUACUACUACAGUCACGGAAAUUGAGAUUCGUCUGGGUGAGUUGGACGAAUUCUGGGAAGGCUUCAGCCAGGCCCUGGUUGACAAAUUCUCUCACGAGGACUACAAUCCAGAUAGCUCUUCGAUUGAGAAGGAGCGUUUGGAAUUCAGCGACCGCUACUAUCAGCUGAAAUCCUUCUUGGCGGACAAACUUAAGGAAUUGCAGCGGCCACACGUAUUAGAAAAUUCUAUUCAUGGUUGUGUGGGAUCAUCACAUGGAAUCUUGGAGCAUGUUCGUCUGCCCCAGAUCACGCUGCAAACUUUCAAUGGAAAUAUCGACGAUUGGUUGAGUUUUCGAGAUCUCUUCACUUCGCUCAUCCAUUGUAAAGUGGAACUACCAGAGAUCGAGAAGUUCCACUAUUUGAAAGGGUGCCUCCAAGGGGAUCAUAAGGCUCUAAUCGAUCCUCUUCCAAUUACGAAAGCCAAUUAUCAGGUGGCCUGGGACUUACUGUUGAAGCGGUACAACAACAGUAAGCAGUUGAGGAGGCGGCAAGUGCAGUCACUCUUCAAACUACCAUCAUUAUCUAAGGAAUCUGGAAAUGAUCUUCACGUCCUUCUUGAAGGUUUCGAAAGGAUUGUGAAGACUCUCGAUCAGGUCGUCCAACCGGAAGAAUAUAAGGAUCUUCUGCUUGUGAAUAUCCUUACAGCCCGUCUGGAUCCAACAACUCGGAGGGGCUGGGAAGAGGUCUCAGCUACGAAACAGCAGGAUACUCUCGACGAAUUGCGGGAUUUUUUGCAGCGUAGGAUCCAGGUUUUAGACUGCUUACCACCGAAAUCUAUCGACUCUAGGAGUUCUGCAUCGCUACGAGAGCAGUCGAAGUCAAAACCACAGCCGAUGAAGACCAGCUACAGUUCCUCCCAAUCGUCCAAAGCUCGUUUUGUGGUUUGUUCAUCGGAUCAUUUCCUCUAUCAUUGCAAGGAUUUCCAACAGGUAGCAGUAUCCGAUAGAGAUAAUCUACUCAAAUCAAAUGGGCUCUGUCGGAAUUGUUUUCGGUCGGGACACCUGGCCAGGGAAUGUCCAUCCAAGUACAGCUGCAGGAAUUGCAAGGGACGGCAUCAUACGCUCGUGUGUUUCAAACCAGAAAGGGAGAAGGACGGAAAGGUUGCGGCAGUUGCUGGGGGUAACAAGCCGCAUCCCACACAGGAUCAACAGGGGUCGUCUAGUUCUUCUACGAUCCAGGUGUCCAACGUGGCUUCCACAAAGUCCGUAGUGUCCGCUACCGCUCAUCAGCAUUCACGUCAAGUUCUAUUAGCUACGGCAGUUGUGGUGAUUGAGGACAAUAUUGGUAAUCGUCAUCCAGCUCGCGCCUUAUUGGAUUCUGGAUCAGAGAGCAACUUCUUUACGGAGAGAUUGAGUCAGCUAAUGAAAGUUAUGCGGGAUCGAGUGGACAUCUCUAUAGUCGGGAUCGGGCAAACUGGAACCAAGGUUAAGCACAGGAUACAUGCGAUGGUUCGGUCACGCGUUACUUCAUUCGUUCGUGAAAUGGACUUUCUCGUUCUUCCAAAGGUAACGGUCAGCCUGCCAACUACGGCGACCAAUACGGAAGGUUGGUCAUUUCCAGAUGACAUUCAACUAGCAGAUCCAGCGUUUUUUGAGCGUCAUGGAGUGGACCUGGUGCUCGGAAUAGAAUGCUUCUUCGAUUUCUUCCAAACUGGUCGGAGGAUUUCUCUGGGCGUAGGGAAUCCUACUCUCAACGAGUCUGUCUUCGGAUGGAUAUGCAUUCUAUGGCGCACUUCAUCGAGUGAAACUGCUGCUACAUAUGAACUCAACACUGUUACAUACGGCACCAAACCGGCGCCGUUCCUGGCUACUAGUACACUACAGCAACUGGCUUUAGACGAGGAGACCAAAUUUCCGCUUGCUUCGAAGGCGGCCAUCGAGGAUACAUACAUGGAUGACGUGAUAAGGGGUGCAGAUGAGGAGGAAACAGCAAUUGAAAUGCGACAGCAGCUGGAUGCGAUGUCAUUAAGUGGAGGCUUUCGACUACGCAAAUGGGUAUCGAACUGCCCUGCUGUUUUGGAAGGAGUUUCAGAAGAGGAAAUGGCUAUACGUACUCCUGAAGGGAUCGUGCUGGAUCCGGAUCCCUCCAUCAAAACUUUGGGGCUAACAUGGAUGCCCGGUACGGAUACGUUGAGGUUCCAAUUCAAGGUUUCAGGUCUAGAUCCUGACAGGUUACUCACCAAACGAUACGUGCUUUCGGUUAUAGCGACCUUGUUCGAUCCUUUGGGACUGCUAGGAGCGGCUAUAACUUCAGCUAAAAUUUUUAUGCAGCUUCUAUGGAAACUACGAGACGGGGAAAACAAACCGCUUGGCUGGGACCAGCCACUUCCUCCGAUGAAUCCGGCAGAUCUCAUCUCGAGAGGAAUUUCAUCAGAGGACAUCGUCGAGAACACGUUCUGGUGGCAGGGUCCGCACUGGUUGAAAAAAGAGGAGGAACACUGGCCUCGCUUGGAAGACGAAGUAUUCUCAGGUGCGGAGGAUGAAGAACGGCGGCGGACAAUAGUUGGGGCAACAAGUUCAACAGUCACCGAGUUCAAUCAGGAGUAUUUCAGCAAGUUUUCCUCCUAUACCAACCUGGUGCGCUACACGGCUUACUGGUUGCGCCUAAUGAAGCUUCUACGAAUCUCGAAGGAAGAAAGGAAGGGCUGCACGUUCUUGUCUUCGGUGGAAUUAAAGGAAGCGGAAGAUGUUUUGGUGCGUUUGGUGCAAAAAGAAGUGUUCAAGGCCGAGUGGAAGGCGCUAGCUAGUAACAAAGCCGCCCCGAAAGGAUUACCGUUACGAUGGUUCAAUCCAUUUAUAGGGGAAGAUCAUUUGAUUCGGCUAGGUGGCCGAUUGAAACACUCCAUGGAAUCGGAGCAAACUAAGCAUCCGGUCACGUUACCUGCUCGGCAUCAGUUUACGCGCAUGCUUCUACGCCACUACCAUGAACGACUUAUCCACGCAGGACCCCAACUACUAUUGAGCGUGCUUCGUUUGCGAUUCUGGCCAUUAGGAGGAAGAAGUGUGGCCAAACAAGUCGUUCACAAUUGCCAUACGUGCUUUCGAGCAAAACCUAGGACCGUCCAGCAACUGAUAGGAAACCUUCCAGCUUCACGAGUCACGACUUCGCGCCCAUUUCUACAAACAAGAGUAGACUAUUUCGGCCCUCUCUACGUUAGACGCCCCACGACGACCGAAGGUUAA